CAACACUGGGCGGAACAGGCAGGAGCCAGCAGAGUGGCCAUCGGGAGAGCUCUGGGACAGACAAGGGCAGGUGGUGAGUAGGGGUGCCCAGUGUGGAGCCUGGCUGGCCGAGCAGGCAACCCGCUUGACCGCUCUCUCACCCAGCUGCCAGAGAGCCUGGCCCUAGCAUGGACACGGUGGACGCCACUGUGGAGAAACUCCGGGAACAGUGCCUGUCCCGAGGGGCCUCUGGCAUCCAGGGCCUGGCCAGGUUUUUCCGCCGCCUAGACCAGGACAGGAGUCGAUCCCUGGAUGCGGGGGAGCUCCAGCAGGGCCUGGCUGAGCUGGGGCUGGUGCUGGACAUGGCUGAGGCAGAGGGUGUAUGCAGGCGCUGGGACCGUGAUGGCAGUGGAAUGCUGGACCUGGAGGAGUUCCUGAGGGUGCUGCGGCCCCCCAUGUCCCAGGCCCGGGAAGCAGUCAUUGCAGCUGCGUUUGCCAAGCUAGACCGCAGUGGAGAUGGCGUGGUGACUGUGGAUGACCUCCGGGGGGUGUACAGCUGCCGUGCCCACCCCAAGGUGCGGAGUGGGGAGUGGACUGAGGAGGAGGUACUCCGCCGCUUCCUGGACAACUUCGACUCCUCCUCCGAGAAGGAUGGGCAGGUCACCCUGGCCGAAUUCCAGGACUACUACAGUGGUGUGAGCGCCUCCAUGGACACGGAUGAGGAGUUUGUGGCGAUGAUGACCAGUGCCUGGCGACUGUGAGCGGUGCUCUCACUCAGCCAGCCAGCCCAGUGGCAUACGACCCCCACCACGGCACCCGAGUGUCCAGCUGGGCAGGCCCAGGGGUGGGGGCUGGGAGGAUUGAGGCCACAGAACUGAUUGGUCCAAGUCUCAGAGGCCCUUGCUUGGUCAUGAGGUCCAAGUGGAACAAAGGCCCCUUAGGCUUCAUUAGGCUACUUCGGGUGCCCUCCCCACUCAAGUCCUGUCCUGCUUAGUGAAUCCUUGGCCUGUUAGCACCCCACUGUGCCCCUCCCUUGUGGCCCCUGGGAAGCCGGGAGGACCCUUGCAGGGUGUGUGAGAAUGUAGUGGGGGUGGGCGAGAAAACAGGCUCUGCACCGAAGCGGCAGGGCUUGGAAGGCAGCUGAGUUGGGUGGCCUGUCCAGGCCUGGAGUGUGGGGUAGGCCCAGGGCAUUUAGUUAAAAGAUUUAAUGUAGUUCCCAAAUACAUUUCAUAUGACAAUCUUACA